AGAACAUAUUUACAUAACAUGCAGGUACGGCGUGACGCAGGUGCUCAUGAUGCAGGAGAAUGACCAUGACAUUGAGAAACAAGGCUUUGAAAACCUGGCCUACGAGUAUGGGAGCCAGACUGAGCUCUGCCCUCCACCUAAAGCUGCCUCAAGAGCAGCUUUUAAACUUCAGCGGAUCACCUCUGAGCAUGAGGUCCACAUCAUCCAAACCAGAAUCUGCAGCCUGAAUGGAAUAAUUGCUGUCACAUGGUCUGUACCCAACAGUUUGGCCAAGGUGGACUAUGAUGCUUCAGUUAUUCCAACCAAAGAGAUCGCCCUGGAACUACAGACCUUGGGAUACAGCGUGGAGUCUGUGGUGCAGAUCAGGGUGGAUGGUAUGCACUGCCAGUCCUGUGUGCGGUCCAUUCAGGGACAGAUCGGGGAGCUGCAGGGGGUUUCACAUAUUCAGGUGUCUCUUCAGGACAAAGCAGCGCUGAUUGUUUUUCAGCCUCUUCUAGUCACACAUGAAGAGCUGAGAGACAAAAUUGAGGACAUGGGCUUUGAUACUGAUUUGUUAUCAGAGGACCCAUCAGUAGAAGAUUUAAGUUUCUGGCAGAAAAAGGAGGUGGAUGCCUCCACCCAGACUGUAACCAUUUUGAUUGGAGGGAUGACUUGCAGCUCUUGUGUGCAGACAAUAGAAGGGAGGAUCUCUCAGAUGACUGGAGUGCGGUUCAUAGCGGUGUCCCUGGAGGCGGAAAAGGGAACAAUAACCUUUGAUCCCUAUUUGACAGAGCCAGAGCAGCUCAGGGCAGCUAUUGAGGACAUGGGCUUUGACGCCUCACUUAAAGAACCUAUAAAGAGUGUUCAGAGUCAUGAAAAGUCCCAGCCUGUAAGCUUUGGACUUUCUGACAUGUCGACAAACAGGCCUGUAGUCAGCAAUGGGACGGGUUCACAGGCACCAUCUGCAAGUUCGCCUGAGAUAAAGGCACAGAAAUGCUUCAUCUGCGUUACGGGGAUGACCUGUGCCUCCUGUGUGUCCAACAUCGAGAGGAACCUGCUCAAACACAGAGGAAUCCUCUCAGUGUUGGUGUCGCUAAUGGCCGGUAAGGCGGAGGUGAAGUAUGAUUCACAUGUCCUGGAUGCUACUGCAGUGACUGAGCUCAUCAAAGACUUGGGCUUUGGUGCCAAAGUGAUUGAGGAUAAUGCAGUAGCACAUGGAAAGCUGGACCUCACUAUAACAGGCAUGACGUGCGCAUCAUGUGUCCACAACAUCGAGUCCAAGCUCAACUUAACCAGAGGGAUCCUCAUGGCUUCGGUCGCACUGGCAACCAACAAAGCUCAGGUUGAGUUUGACCCAGAGGUGCUCGGACCUCGGGAUAUUAUCAAGCUCAUCCAGGGUCUUGGAUUUGAGGCCAGGCUGGAGCAGGCGGGCUUCAAAAACAACCUCGAUCACAAAGAAGAAAUUCGACAGUGGAAGAACACAUUUCUGUUGAGCCUGGUCUUUGGCUUGCCUGUGAUGGGUCUCAUGAUCUACAUGAUGGUGAUGGACAACCUACACCAAGAACACGGGGGCUCCAUGCCCACCGAGCAGAAUGUACUUCCGGGCCUCUCCAUCCUUAACCUGCUUUUCUUUGUGCUCUGCACACCUGUCCAGAUCUUUGGAGGUCGAUACUUUUACAUUCAGGCCUACCGCUCGCUAAAACAUCGCACUGCCAACAUGGAUGUGCUAAUUGUGUUAGCCACCUCCAUUGCCUACAUCUAUUCCUGCGUGGUCCUCAUCGUGGCCAUGGCGGAGCAGGCCAGCCAGAGCCCUGUGACCUUUUUCGACACUCCACCCAUGCUCUUUGUGUUCAUCGCUUUGGGACGAUGGCUGGAACACAUCGCAAAGAGUAAAACCUCAGAGGCUUUGGCCAAAUUAAUGUCACUUCAAGCCACCGAUGCCACUGUGGUCACGUUGGGAUCUGACAAAUCCAUCAUCAGUGAGGAGCAGGUGCUGGUGGAGCUCGUUCAGAGGGGCGAUAUUGUGAAGGUUGUCCCUGGAGGGAAGUUCCCAGUCGAUGGGAAAGUGAUUGAAGGGAACUCCAUGGCAGAUGAGUCCUUGAUUACAGGUGAGCCAAUGCCCGUUAGUAAGAAGGUGGGCAGUUUGGUGAUUGCCGGCUCAAUUAACGCUCACGGUGCCCUUCUGGUGGAGGCCACUCACGUCGGUACUGAAACAACACUGUCACAAAUAGUCAAACUGGUCGAAGAGGCACAGACCUCUAAGGCCCCCAUCCAGCAGUUUGCAGAUAGACUCAGUGGCUACUUCGUGCCCUUCAUUGUUAUCGUGUCCCUGUUAACACUGAUAGUGUGGCUGGCCAUUGGCUUUGUCAACUUCGACAUUGUGAAGGAGAACUUCCCGGGUUACAACCAGAGCAUCUCCAAGGCAGAGGUCAUCGUCCGCUUUGCCUUCCAGGCGUCCAUCACCGUUCUCUCCAUCGCCUGCCCCUGCUCUCUGGGGCUGGCAACUCCGACGGCGGUCAUGGUUGGCACAGGGGUCGGCGCUCAGAACGGCAUCCUCAUUAAAGGAGGCGAGCCGCUGGAGAUGGCACAUAAGAUCAGUGUGGUGAUGUUUGAUAAAACUGGCACUAUUACAAACGGCGUGCCGCGGGUGACUCGAGUCCUGGUGUUGUGGGAAGUGGCCCGCAUGCCCCUGAGGAAGAUCCUGGCAGUGGUGGGUACCGCCGAGGCCAGCAGCGAGCACCCGCUAGGCAUAGCAGUUGCCAAAUACUGCAAACAGGAGCUGGGCUCCGAUGUCCUCGGGUGCUGCCAGGACUUCCAGGCCGUGCCCGGCUGUGGGAUCAGCUGCCGGGUGUCCAGCGUGGAACAUCUGCUGCUGCAGCCGAGCGAGGAGCGAUUCCUGCUGCCGGGGGCUACUAUUGAAGAAAGCAGCAUACUGCCUGCAGGAGAGUCCACCUCUGCAGAGGGUGCCUUUGGCUCCACACAUAAACAGGAAAAUGAGAACAGUCAAGGAUUGCACCGGGAUUUAGCAGCUGAAGGGCUGUUUUAUUCUGUCCUGAUUGGAAACAGAGAGUGGAUGAGGAGGAAUGGCCACCACAUAGGAGCAGAUGUGGAUGCCGCGAUGUCAAGCCACGAAACCAAAGGGCAGACAGCCAUACUGGUGGCUAUAGAUGGUGUUUUGUGUGCAAUGUUAGCCAUCGCAGACACGGUGAAAGCAGAGUCAGCAUUAGCAGUGCAUACACUGAACACUAUGGGCAUUGAGGUGGUGAUGAUGACGGGAGACAACAGGCGCACAGCUAAAGCCAUAGCAGCACAGGUGGGGAUCAGAAAGGUAUUUGCAGAAGUGCUGCCAUCACACAAGGUGGCAAAAGUCCAGGAGCUGCAGAAACGAGGCCUGCGGGUGGCCAUGGUGGGAGAUGGCGUGAACGACUCCCCCGCCCUCGCCCGUGCCGACGUCGGCAUCGCAAUCGGGACAGGCACCGAUGUGGCUAUUGAGGCGGCUGACAUUGUCUUGAUCCGAAAUGACCUGCUAGAUGUGGUGGCCAGCAUCGAGCUGUCCAAGAAGACGGUACGUCGGAUAAGGAUCAACUUUGUCUUUGCUCUCUUCUACAAUCUUGUUGGAAUACCAAUUGCUGCAGGUGUGUUCAUGCCCGUUGGCCUGGUGCUCCAACCCUGGAUGGGCUCAGCUGCAAUGGCCGCCUCAUCAGUUUCAGUGGUCCUGUCUUCUUUACUGCUGAAAAUGUACAAGAAAACCUCAGUGGAGCUCUAUGAGAUGCGUGCUAGAGGCCAAAUGAGGAGCCUUCGUUCGUCUCAGAUCAGCACACAUCUGGGUCUGGACGGCCGGCGGCGCAGUCCCGCUCUCCCCAACGCAACUCGGGAACAGAGGAACCCAAGCGGCAUGACUCCACCCGGCUUCUCCAGCCGCUCACCCAGUCAAGGGGCAUCCAUUAAGGUUGUUGCUGAGGAGCAGAACCGCUACUCCCUGCUGGAGCACCAGACUGCAGACGUCCUCAACGUGUUGUAAAGGGAAAACAGGAAGAUGUUUUUUACCUGGUACUCAUGUUUAUGACUAAAAAAAUUGUUUUUUUUAUGUAAAUACACUAAUUGUCAAACCUAAAGUGCUCUUUUAUUUUGAUGUAACAUUAAAGUUUUACUGAAGCCACAUGUAUAAAGUCGGUUUGCUUAUGUGUCACAUAAAUCCUCCAGACAAAUAACUUCGGUGCAAAUCGACUUUUACAAUAUCCACGAGUCAGAGUAAAGCUACUGUUCGGAUAAGGCCGUCAGUGAGAGUGUGGAUCUGAGAGCUUAUAAAUAAUGCAUGUGUUGAUAGAGGGAAAUCAUUUUCUGUGUAAAAAUCUCUUCAUCCGUUUCAUCUGAUUUUGUGAUUUGUUUGCAAAUUUGCACAUUCUCAAUGCAACUUAAGUUCCACCAAAUCCAAGAAGAAAAUAAAAACACUCCAGAGAAGAAAACUACUCUUUUCAUGUUGCCUUGUGGGAUAUUUUCCACUAAAGCUUCACAGAUGUGAAGACAAAAAAUUGGAGUGCAGUAUUUUUUCCUUUCUUUUUUUCCAUAUCUGCUUCACACUGUGCCAGGGUUAAUUAAUGGAGCGCAUUAAUCAAAUGACCUCACACAUGGAUUCUAUAGUUAGUUUCACAUCUUGUUGAGCUUAAUUACGAGUGAGUAGAUAUAUGGACGUCAGGGUUAUAAAUAUGACUCGUGUCUCGCACUUAGCCUGCACAAUAGACUUUUUUAUUACGACAGUCUGACAUAUGGAAGCAGGAAAAGCACAGCUGUAACCUGGUACGCCUUUAUUCGUGUCAUUAUUCACGCCUGCCAAGAGAACAAGUCAAAGGGCUACUAAUUAGCUCCCUAUUAUAGUGAGUCUAGAAGCAAGGCUGGUGCUCACAAAAUGUAAUUUGCUCUCAUUCAUUUCUUUUUGGUUAUCAGGAACAAAACCUUAAAAUCACAGGUCUGGCCCACUUAAAGUCAAAGUGGGCUGUAUGUGUCCACAAUGUAAAAUUAUUUUGACAUAACUGACAAAUAAAUCUUUUUGCUAGUGUGUCAGCACAUUUCUCUGUGGGAGCUUUUUGAAAUGACGCUACUUUGAAUCCCGUGAGGUCUUCAGUGAUUGCUUCAACCCUUCCUCCAACCAACCCUGCGUUUUGGAGCAAACUUGGAGGGACUGAGAAUCACGAUACUAAUUUAAGGUCAAGUGUUAUCCACUUAGCCCCACUCUCGCAGCCCUAGGGACCGGUUCAUGUCUGUCAUUCUUGUCCCUUCUGAUGGGAAUCCUACAUCCUCAGCUCUGCUUCCUGGCAGUGCCACUGUCUCCAAACCAUACAUCACAGCAGGUCUUAGUCCCACCUUGUAAACAUUCCUUUUAGUGCCUCUGGUAUCCUUGCAAUCCUGCCACUAGCCAACUUUGCCAGCUUGAAGUGUUUGUAGUCGUGGUUGUAAUCCUCCAAGGUUAUGCACUGUGAGAUAACAAACCAUACAUUAUUAAGCUCUCAGUAAAUAUCUUGUGGUCUGGCUUAUCAAUUACAACUCAUCAAUCAGUAACCAUAUGGUUUCAAAGUCAGAUCCAUGUCUGGUGUCAAAACUUAAGGCUUAAAAAACAGGUCUUCAAAAACUGGUGGCUACAAACCUGAACAGAAGUUUGUCAACACUCAGUGGAACCAAACUAGGGAUCCAGACCCCUUCAAAAGGUCAAGAGAUAUUAAAUGUGUUUUAAAAACUUUUUUUUAGCUCUUUUCAUUCUUGAUUUAUAUA